AUGGAGCUAGAAAAUGCAAUGAUCAGCUCCUCGAGCAGUUCUUCAGCAGGCUCCAGAGAGUACAAGGUGGUGAUGCUGGGAGCAGGGGGAGUUGGCAAAAGCGCAAUGACAAUGCAGUUCAUUAGUCAUCGGUUCCCUGACUACCAUGACCCAACUAUAGAGGAUGCCUACAAAACUCAAGUCCGAAUUGAUGAUGAACCAGCCUAUUUGGACAUUCUGGACACUGCUGGACAGGCAGAAUUCACAGCCAUGAGGGACCAGUAUAUGCGAGGUGGAGAAGGCUUCAUUAUCUGCUACUCCAUCACAGACCGCCAAUCCUUUCAAGAAGCAGCUGAGUUUAAGGAGCUCAUUUAUCGUGUCCGGCACACCUAUGACAUCCCCGUGGUGCUGGUGGGAAACAAAAUAGAUCUUGAAGAGUUCAGACAGGUCUCAACUGAAGAGGGAAUGAGCUUAGCCAGAGAAUACUCCUGCUCCUUUUUUGAGACUUCAGCUGCACUCCGCUUCUACAUUGAUGAUGUCUUUCAUGGAUUAGUGAGGGAAAUUCGAAGGAAAGAGUCCUCACUGUCCAUGAUAGAGAAGAAGAUGAAAAGGAAGGAUAGUCUGUGGCGGAAACUGAAGGGAUCCCUGAAGAAAAAAAAGGAAAGUACAACCUGA